ACUCUUAUUCGCGCUUGGGUCGAGGAGAGACGCGUCGCCGUCCGUCCCCUAUUUUUUUUCUUUUCGAAAUAUUUUCCGCGCCAAAACUGUGUGAAGUAGACGGGGAAAUAUUAGGGCCGGAUAUGUCCUAUUGUACAAGUGCGGCCAAUGUGAAAAAUUCAUGUGCAAAUUAAUACAAUAAAGUUGCUCGUUUUUAUAUUUUUUGUUUGUUUUUGUAAUAUGGAUGAAUGCGUAAUUGAAUUUUGACAAGAGAAAUGAGUGGUGCAAGUUGGGAUUUUUUGACUUUUUGGGUUAUUUUAGUAUGUUUUGUUUGUGAAAUACACGCCAUGAAAGAUGUGGAGGUCAUGGUGCCUAUCACGGCAAAAGUUCACGAUGCAGUUAGAUUACAGUGCAUAUUCGAUUUGGAGGGCGAGCCACUUUAUACAGUUAAAUGGUUUAAAAGAGGAAUGGAGUUCUUCAGAUAUAUACCCAGGGAAGAUCCCAAAAUGCAGAUAUUUUCAAUUCCUGGGGUUAAUAUAGAUUUAAGUCGAAGCUCCCAGGACCAAAUUGUAAUGCUUGAUGUCGCUCAAGAGACUACCGGAAGGUACAGAUGUGAAGUUUCCACGGACGCCCCUAAUUUUGAAACUAAGUCUGCCAGUUCCUUUUUAUACGUAGUUGAAGUUCCAGAUUCUGGACCUACCUUGGGUAUCGAAAGGGACAAAACUGGACUUAGCAAUACGAUAAGGGCAAACUGUACUACGCCUCCUGCUUAUCCUUCGAUGAACGUCACUUGGUAUAUUAACGGAGUACAGGUACCAGAAUCUAGAAGAAACUUAGUAAGCUUGGACCCUUUAGGGCAACAUUAUAAAAACCGAUAUACACCGCACAUGACUGUUUCCCAUGUGGAAAAAGAGGUUGAUUUUGAUCUUUACCAAUUAAACUCAAUAAAGAUACAAUGCGUCGCAACCCUUUUUAACUUGUACAGAAGUGCUGAUGUGAGAUAUUUGGAAAUUGAAGGAAAGCAGCAUUGGACAGCGCCGGAGAAAAUUGAGGCAAAUCAAAUGAUAAAAUCUGGUGCCAGUUCAACCUUUAAGCUGACAGCCACCUGUAUUGUGAUAUGGAUUUAUUCGACUGUUUAUUUUUAAGCCAUGAAUUUGUUUAUAUUUUUGUUUUUUUUAUUUACAUAAUUUUAUUUAUUUAAACUUUACAUUUAUUUAAA